CCUACUCUUCAAGGGAUUGACCAAUGAACGCUGCGAAUGAUAUUUAAAACCCAGGCAGCCUGACGUCGAGUUAUUUGUCUCAUGCUGUAGUGUUUAUAAUCCAUUUCGUUUGUUGUGAGAAAUCCAAUACAAAAUGGGAAAGGGCAAAAAGUCAUCUUCUGCCAAACGAAGACCUGUGGACGGCAGUAUCAACGAGAAAGUAGAAGAGGCUAAAGAGAACAAGGACGGAAAACCCACGUCAUGCAAAGGGCAGCCAACAAUACAUAGUUGUCUGAAUCUGAACAAGCCGCUCAGGAAUAACCCACUUAACCUUAUUUUAGAUGACAAUACAGCAACGGACCGUUUACCUAAAACCAGCGAACGGAGUGAAGUCAAAGACGCAGAGCCGAAUGCACCUAAAAAAGGGGACAGUGGCAAACAGAGCCUUAUUUGUGGACCUAAUGAGCAGACUGAUGCGCCUCAUAAAGGGUCUGGGACAAGAAAGCAAACAAAAUCCGGGCAAAGGAUAAAUGGUGAAAAGACAAAAGACAGAAAGUUGAAAAACAAAAAGUCUAAACCCAAUCGAAAGGUCACCGAUUAUUUUCCUGUUCGGCGAAGUUGCAGGAAAGGCACAGCUGAGUUGAAGUGUGAAAAGCUGCAGCACCUUGAUGAUCUCAUCAAAAACAAUGUUGAAGAGGGCCUCAAGGUGAAAAGUAUUGAUGGAAAAGGAAGAGGUGUUUUUGCAGACCGAGCAUUUCAGAAAGACCAGUUUGUAGUAGAGUACCAUGGGGAAUUGUUAGAGAUUGCUGAUGCUAAAGCAAGAGAGUCUCAAUAUGCUCAAGACCCAACCACUGGCUGCUACAUGUACUAUUUCCGCUACCAUGACAAAACCUACUGUGUGGAUGGUACCAAAGAAACUGACCGUCUGGGCCGACUGAUCAACCACAGUAAGAAUGGCAACCUUCGGACCAAACUGCAUGAGAUAAAUGGAACACCUCACCUUAUCUUCCUGGCUUCCAGAGACAUCAAAGUAGAUGAGGAGCUGCUUUAUGAUUACGGUGACCGAAGUAAAGAAGCCAUUGCUGCUCAUCCUUGGCUUAAGCAUUAAUUCACUCUCAGUUUAGUUGUCUUAUUGUGAUCGCAUUUUAAAUUGUUGGAAUAACAUGGACAUACACUGAUGUUUGGAGUUGCCAAACCUUUCACUUUAACAAAUGGUAUCAUAAAAUUAUUUGUGUGGGGUUUUGAACGACCCACAGCAACUAUAAAUUAGGUUUUUAAAUAUCUACAUCCUCGUAGUGUGGACUUGUAUAAGAAUUUAAAGCCUCUGAUUUUAAAGAUGACAAUAUUCAAAUGGGUGCAGUUACUGUACAUUUGUAUAUGCAAAAUUAAGAGUUUAAUGGCAAAGUAAUUAUACUACAUUAAGAAAUUGAU